UUUGUGUUACUGCUCGCCUUUUGAAGGCGUAAUUCAAUCGGUGAGGCUGCGCGCGGCGCAAACAGCAACUGCUACCUCGGAGCGAUGCGCUGCUGCCUGCAGCCUGAAGUCUGGCUGGGCGCGCGCCUGGGCAAGCAAGGUAUCGAAACAACCGCUGCAGUCGCCCUACAGACGCGAUCCAACACGCGCAAGACCACUUGUCUGCGCGCGCGACGCCGCGGCAAUACCAAACAGAGCAGUGCUUUGCACAGGCUCAGGCUCAGGCUAUUACGUCGCGGGCACAACAGACCUCGCCCUGCGGACAUUCACGGCAGGGUAGCAGCCCGAUCACGCUGUCGACGAUGCGUCUCCACGUCUGGGCCCUCAUAGCGAUCGCUGCCGCCUUCACGCCGCCGCAGCCACAAAAAGCACAACACACCGUCUGCUUCGGCGGCCGCCCGAAGAACAAGGCCGCCAAGGCCGCCCGGAAGCGCCUCGACGAGGCCGCGAAGGAGGAGGCCAAGGCCGCGAAGACCUACGAAGCGCUGCAGAAGAAGAGGCGGGAGAGCAAGGCGCGGCGCACGGAACGGUUGAGAGGACGGGACACGCGGGGCGGCACGCCCGAUGUGGUUGAAAUUACAGAGAAGAAGGCGCGGCGACCACCUCCUACAACACCACGAGCCGAGCCCACAAAAGGUCAAGCGAAGCGGCCGAUCCAAAGCAACCGACAGUUAGAAGCUAGCUUCCUAGGUUCGUAUACUACCCCGGACGAGAUGCCGCGCGACCCGCUGCCGGAGAUUGCCUUCGUCGGAAGAAGUAACGUGGGCAAGUCCUCGAUGCUCAACGCGCUCGUAGGCGCUCGAAAAGGCGUGGCCGUCACGGGCCGGACGCCGGGCCGGACGCGAUUACUCAAUUUAUUCGAGAUUGAAGAUUCGGGAGGUGGACGAGCUCGAGUUGUUGAUUUGCCCGGCUACGGCUUCGCGAAGAUUGCGGACGCGCAGCAGGCCGACAUCUCGCGGUUCUUGGAGGCGUAUCUCGAUGGGAGGCGGCAGUUACGCGGUAUUGUUUUUUUGGUGGACUGUAGAAGGGACCCGAACCCUGAAGAUAUGGAGAUUAUACAAGUGCUGCGGUCCAAGAACCUGCCCGUGGUGCUCGUGGCGACCAAAAUAGACAAACUAAAAAGCUCGGCGGAGUUCGCUAACUCACUAAACGCGCUCGAGGACUUUUACGCGACCGAGCCGCUCUUCUUCUCGUCGACGACGCGCCAGGGCCGUCCGGAGCUCUGGGCGCGCGUGAACGAGUUGCUCUUUUCGGAGAGUGAGGAGGAGGAGGAGGAAGUCGAGUGGGUCAUCGAUGAGCCCGAGGAGGAGCUCUCGGACGCCUCCUCGGACCCUGUGCCGCUCUCAGACGACGACCUACUGGUGUUCUAGAGCCAAGUGUGUCGCGUCGAUGGCGUCGAGGGCGUCUGCCUCGCCUGUAUCUAGUAAAUACUGUCUGUUGUCUUUAUCAGGGAGGGCGCCUGCGGCCCC